CCAUAACUCAUUAAAAAGUAGUGAAGCAAUCAUGGCAAACACAACUAACCAACCUUUGUUAGGAACUCCCAGGAAAAGAUCCACUCCUUUCAAAUUUCUGUAUGUAAUUCUUACCUUAGCAACCAUCUUAGUUGCAAUUUCUCUCAUUUCUGCCACCACAAUCAACAAGAGGCGAAAUCGAAAUGCAGUUUCAUCGAAAACCCAUCUCUGCGAUCAGGCAUAUGAUCAGUCUUCUUGUUUGGCAAUGUUGUCUGAAAUAUCGAAAUUUCCAUCUACUAGGCUGUUUCAGUCCAGCAAUCUAGCCGUACUUCAGAUGGUUCUAGCAAAAUCAUCGUCCCAGAUUGGAGAAACCAUGGAGUUUACCAGCCAUGUUAGAAGUCGGAUGAACGACAAAACAGGGGACUCUGGUUUAACAGACUGCUUGGAGUUAAUGGAUUUAUCCAUGGAUAGAAUUAAAGACUCCAUGGCAGCUCUUGGAAGAAGAAACAGUUAUUAUUUCAGUAACUCAGAUGUUCAUUCAUGGUUAGCUAGUGUUCUCACUAACCAUGUAACUUGUCUUGACGGGCUGAACAGGGCAACCCGAUUGGUAAUGGAGCCAAGGAUGAAUGAACUGAGAUCAACUGCAAGAACUUCAUUAGCUUUGUUUGUUGCAAUUUCACAACCAAAAGAACACAUUAUGGUACAGCGUUUUCCAUCGUGGAUUAGUAGUAAAGAAAGGAAGCUUUUGCAAGGUUCGGGUCAGGAUAUUAAUGCCGAUUUGGUGGUGGCAAAAGAUGGUAGUGGGAAUUACACAACUGUACAAGCAGCAGUUGAUGCAGCUCCCAAGAAUUCCCAGACUCGUUAUGUGAUUUAUGUGAAGCAAGGAACUUAUUCAGAACAAGUAAACAUUGCCAAAAACCAGAAGAAUUUGAUGUUGGUUGGUGAUGGAAUGAAUUCAACUAUUAUUACAGGAAGUUUGAAUGUAGUUGAUGGAUCAACAACCUUCAGAUCAGCAACUGUUGCUGCUGUUGGGGAUGGAUUCAUAGCACAAGAUUUAUGUUUCCAGAACACCGCCGGACCGGAGAAACAUCAGGCCGUCGCACUUCGGGUCGGAGCCGACAAAUCCGUGAUAAAUCGGUGCAAAAUCGAUGCUUUCCAAGACACCCUUUACGCCCACAGCCUCCGCCAAUUCUACAGAGAUUGCUACGUCACCGGCACCGUGGAUUUCAUCUUUGGAGACGCUGCCGUGGUAUUGCAAAACUGCCAGCUCGUGGCCCGAUUGCCCAUGAGCAACCAGCAGAACAUGGUGACGGCCCAAGGAAGAACCGACCCGAAUUCAAACACGGGAACAUCUAUCCAAAACUGUAACAUAACAGCGAGCUCGGACCUGGAACCAGUGAUUGGAUCAAUCAAGACGUUUUUGGGCCGGCCAUGGAAAGAGUACUCGAGGACUGUUGUGAUGGAAUCCAGCAUCGGUGAUGUGAUUGAUCCAGCAGGGUGGGCACCUUGGAAUGGUGAUUUAGGGUUGUCAACUUUGUAUUAUGGUGAGUAUAUGAACACUGGGCCUGGAGCUGGAACAAGCCAGAGAGUGAAUUGGACUGGUUAUCAUAUCAUUACUAGUCCAGAAGAGGCAAGUCAAUUCACUGUGGCUCAGUUUAUUCAAGGCAACCAAUGGCUGCAAAAUACAGGUGUCACUUACAAUGAAGGGCUCUGAAUUUAUAGUUCAGUACUUCAUUCAUUGUCCCUUCCAUCCAGACAGCCAGUUCUCAAAUGUAGUUUUGCUGCUGUGUGUAUUUUGUAUGUACUACUGAUGUUUCAUUUCCAAGUUCCAGAGUUACAUACUUUUGAGGUCCAUAAAUAAAAUAAUACUCUUAAAAAUACAAUAAAAGAAACAGUAUAGUUGGUUACGGAAACAAUCAUACAGCGGUGGUAAAGAUCUCGUCUAAAUUCUUGAGGCAUGUGGUUGGUUAAGCAAUUCUAUAGAGAGUUAGACACUUGUGUCACAAAACGAAAAUUCUAUGUAUACAUAUCUAUAGUACUUAAUUAAAGCAAGA